AGCCUAUGAAAAACUCUAAGUCAUCACUAGUUUGUAAACUGCCGGCUGAAAAUCCUUUCAAUUUCUACAUCAUAUCCUAUCAAGGCACGGGCCGGCUUUAUCUGGGGCGCUUAGGGACCGGAAUGAGGUGCGGGCGCUUAGGGGACACUCUCAGAAGAAGUAGAAGAGCUGCAUGCCACACACCCCGACCAAUGAAUGUUGAUUGUAAGCAACUCAGUUCCUACUGAUAUCUAAACGAGGACCCUGGGUUUUGGAGCCUAGCAUGCACGACGAUGCAUUCGAUGUUAUCCCCUAUGAGGUAUUGCUUGACUCUAUUCACGGCGACCAUCAGAUCCAACUGAAUCACGAACAGGAUAUCAAGGGUGACUGGAAAAAGCUUGGUUCUGGUUCGUUUGGGAAUGUCUACAAAGGAACCUACCUUGGUAUUGAAGUGGCAAUCAAAGAGGUGUUGCCCUCCACCGAGUACGAUGUGGCAAAGUACUUUGAACGUGAAUGGAGGUUAAUGAAGGAGGCACGCCACCCUAAUGUUGUCUUGUAUCUGGGUUUAUCACGGGCCCCCUCCCCUGAUGGUCGCAUCUUCAUCAUCUCCGAAUUCAUUGAGAAUGGCAACCUCCGCGCAUACAUUCACGACAAGAGCAAGCCAUUCCCAUGGCGUUUGCGUCUAUCCUUCGCCACCGAUAUCGCCAGAGCCCUCGCAUACCUUCAUGCUCGCAAAUGCAUUCACCGUGAUCUCAAAGGAGAGAACUUACUCGUAACCGCGAACGGCCGCCUCAAGAUCACGGAUUUUGGUUUUGCUCGAAUCGCUGCGCGUAAUGAAGAAGAGAGCAAGCGGCUCACAUUCUGCGGAACCGAUUCCUACAUGUCUCCCGAGAUCCUGCUCGGCCAUGAAUUUGACCUCCCUACCGACAUCUUCUCUCUUGGUGUGAUUCUCAGCGAGAUCGCCUCUCGAAAACUGGCAAGUGAGACGGUAUUCAGGCGUAGUCCCCCUUCCUUUGGCGUCGAUUCUGAAGAAGUAGAGACUCUGGCCAGCACUGGAUGUCCGCCUGCCUUCAUCAAACUUUGUCUCGACUGUCUCGCGGAGGAGCCGUCUCAACGACCAACCACUCGGGAAAUUCUCGAUCGCCUCCGCGAUAUCGAAGCAGAGGUCAUCGCGCGCUCUCCUGCCACAGAGGAUGUACACGUCGGCAGCAUUCGCUAUACUUCAAGUACUCGUAGACCCGGUCCUGCACCCCGCAUUCCGAGUUUUGGCAUGGGCGUAGGACAAGAAAUUCGGUAUUCAUCUCAACAACAUGAUUCCGUAUCGGAGACAUCUGAGGACGAGUCGAGUGAUGAUGAACUCACUCAAGCAGUUAUGGGUCUGAAACAUUUGGACUUGGAAAGUACAUGGAGUCACUCCAGCUCUAGAACGGGCGAAGGAAGUACUCAACCACUUAUCCACGGCAGCUCGACAUACAGUACCACUGUCGUCCGUUCUCAUACGCCAUCAAAUGAUUCUGCCGCGCCUUCUCUUUCGUCCAUUUUGACAGUUCGUCCAAGUCCAAGUGUACCCUCCGCAGAAGACAUUGCAUCUCCACCAGCAAUCAAUGAUUUAACACCCACUGACUCCAUCCUUUCUAUUGAGUCCUAUCACACCGCUUCGUCUUCGAUUCUGACUAUGUCCAUCGCUGGCGCAACCGAGGGAGGAUCUACAAUUCGUUCUUCUCACAUUCCCCUUCUUCAUCGGUUUACCUUAAUCAAGCCCGGUGUCAAAAGGAACGGUGCAGGAAGUAGUCGAAGCGGAAGUGCUUCCCCUCCUCGUUAUCCUCCCACAGAAGCGCUUUGGAAUCCGCUGGACUUUCUUUUCAACGGCACGUCGCUUGCAGCAAAAUGUGAUGUAUGUAAUAAGAGACUGGGUUGGAAGCCCAUGCUUGAAUGUGAUGAUUGUGGUCUACGGGCUCACAUCAAAUGCGCUGAAGUCGCUCCCGCCGAUUGCGGAUUACGACCCAUUCGUCGUACCCCAGCGUCUCCUGCAAAGUCUUCUCCGCUUUCCAAGACUCAUUUGAAGAAUGUCGCGUCUGCGUGAUUCCUACAUAGCACCACAAAUUUACGACUGUCACGAUACGCUUACGACGAUCACGAUUGACGUUCCACUGCAUUGUAACUCUUUCUUUCUUUCAUGGACUGCCUUGCACAUUGUCGCCAGACUUGACCUCAUGGACUUGGAUCAUAACGUUCGACCAGUAAUAUACCUGCAUUCCCCAGAUAAUAUAAGAUGUAUGACUGUAGCACAUUCGAACAGAAUCACGAGACCCUUGCGUAUACCUGUUUACUCCUUGAAAUCGUCCUCGUGUAGCUGAAUAUAGCUCACAUAACCGUGAACCCUGC